AUGACGUUUCUGAUCACUGUGUGCCCAAUCACAGCAUCUGCUGCUGUAGUAGUACGCAAAACUGGCGAUGGUCGUUUGGAUUGUCUUUGCAGUGAUUUGCGUGCUCUCUUCCACCUUUUACAGAUUGGUCAGACGGGCAAGAUCGUGGCCCCUGAGUUGUACAUCGCUAUAGGCAUCAGCGGUGCAAUUCAGCACUUGGCGGGUAUGAAGGAGAGCAAGGUCAUCGUGGCCAUCAACAAGGAUCCGGAUGCACCAAUUUUCCAGGUAGGUGGACUUAUCUCAAUUUUUUAA